AGUAUUGUUAUAACAAUGGCACUAAUGAUAUCCCACCACUACCAGUGUCGAAACAAUAAACGGUUAAAUUGAGAGAACUAUUUUCGUCGUACGUACUUGUAAUUUAAUUGUAUUUUUAAACAUAAAAACAAACACCGGUGACCGUUAGCGCACAUGCGGGUUCAAUUCAAGACGUUGUACGGUGUAUUAUUUUGAACGGAAAACCUUAAGAUAAACAUGGACCGGGCAGCGGCUGGUGUCGACGAAUGUUACAUGACGGCGCUACAGAUUUUUGACUAUUGUGGUACAGAAAGGAGUGGGUCACUGCGCGUGGACGAUCUUAUGGAUAAAUUUGCACCGUUCGUGAAAACUAACAGGUCAGAAUACACGUACCUAAAAUCAUUACUGGACCCGGACAAGGAUAACCCCGAGAUAAGCGUUACAAAGCUAGCUACAGCUCUCCAUCGUUACAGCGAAAGCCAGAAGACGAAGCUUGAUUUCGAUGAGAGUUUUAAUUUGAAAAGUGGACAAGCGCCCCAGGAUUCCGAUUCCGGUAUAUCAACAGAUGGGUUCCAACUCUUGGAGGAGCUGCAAAGCGAGCUCCGGGAGAAGGCCCACUUGGCCCAGCAGCUCCGUUCACAGCUCGACUUCACGGACCGCCAGCACGAGGAGGCGCUCGCCGCGCUCACCGCCGAGCGAGACUCCAUGCGAUCCCAUCUCAGCAUCCUGCGGGAGGAGAACGCGGCGCUGACGCACGCCCGACGCGACUACGAGGAGGCGACCGACCGGCUGCUGGCCAGCGAGAGGGCCCUGGGCGACGUGCGCCGGGACCUGGACACCAGCAGGCGCCGGGCGAGGGUGCUGCACGAACAAGUUACCACUUUAGAGAAUGAGAAAUUGACCUUACAAGAGCUGUUGUCGAAGUCUAAGGACGAGUGCCACCGCAUCAACGACAUGUACGCCUCGCGACAGUCCGCGCUGCUCGAGGAGAACGAGACGCUCAAGAGCGAGCACGCCGACCUCACGGCGCGGCUGCAGGACCACAACGAGUUCAUGCAGCAAAUCAUCAAGGAAAAGGUGCUGCUAGAGAUGGAAUUGAAAGACGUUCUCAACAAAUCGAACCAAACCCACACGCGCAUGGACCGCUCUAUAGACAUCAGCUACACUGACGAUCAGAUGCUGACCGCAUUGGACAGUCUCAACGCUGACAGCAGGUUCACUCAAGAAAAUCGUAUAUUAGACGAGGAGUCGUUUACGAACGCGCUAAGAGAUGAUCAGGGGCGCUCAACGAACAUGUCCCUAUUCGACGAGAUACGGCUCAGCUUCUGCAACGUUUCUCGUCACAACGUCACCGGAGCGCUCACUGACAGGAGUCUAUAUCAAUGUCACGAUGACAGCUCGUUCACUGCCGUCUUCGCUCAGACCGACAACCGUGAAGCAUCCGAUUCUAAUCCCAAAACUGUCAUCACAACUGAAAUGAAAUGUCACCAAGAUACAGUAUCACAUAAUGACGUCACAGCAGAAGAAAAGUUUGUAUAUAAUUGCACUCGAGUACAUAACGAUCUUUGUGAGAAUUUAAACAGAAGCGCGAGUAGCGUGGUGGACGUAAUCGAAGCCAAACGAAGGCGUUCAAUCACAAUCGGAACUCAAACUAUGAGCAUUGUAAUUAAUACAAUCGAUAAAGAAACUAGGAUAAUUGAGACCGACAAAAAUGACUCUUACCACAAUAGUCAUAAAGUUAAAAUUGACAAAUCAACGAAUACAGAAUGUAAAACGCAACGUUAUCCCAUUGAAACUAUAGUUGAAACGCGAUCGAUCGUAACGCAGACCGACGAAAAUGAUUCUAAUGUCAAUAACGUUACGGCUCAAAAAUGUAUUGAAUGUGAAAUGAAAUGUAAUUAUACGGCCAAAUUGGAAAGGGACCUGAGACAUUCGCGUCGUAGUCUCGACGAACUACAAACAGAAUUGCGUCGCUACGAGGACAGCUUAGCUUCGCUACAGAACUACGCAGACGAGAAUGACUCGAUAAACAAUCAAUUAAGAACUUCAGUUAAAGAGUUACAAUCAAAAAUACAUUUACUGGAGAAGGCUUGUGCGAAACAAAAGGAAUCUAUUGAAAGCUUCGAACUUGAAACAAAGUCUCGUGUGCGACAUGAGAAGAUAAAUGAUAAUACAUCGGUGGCCACACAAGUAGACCAGCCAUGUGCAGACUGCGAGAGAAGACUGACCACUACUGCUAAUAGAAGUCUGAGAAGCUUUUUUUGGGAUUCGAUAAAGUGCCUGUUCCAAAUGUUCGCUAUCAUAUGCUUCGCGUGCGCCGUGGUCGUGCUGUACGGGGUGACGAGGCGGACCCAGGCGCAGUGCGGGCGCGAGCCGGUACCCUGGAAAUGGUUCAGACCACAGGAGGUCAUGGACAUGCUGUUCCGGAUAGAGUACUUGGCCGAUGUGCCUAUGUAGCUGUAUGAUGUCGAUUUAUUACGCUACGUUCUUUGGUUGCUGCAGUGUGCUUAGUGCGAGUUUUUUAACGCUCUCGAUAGCGUAAAAGUUAACACAUAUUUAUAUGGAAUAGGGGUCGUUUGCCUACGUUUGCCGCUAGGGGCGCUGUUCCAACUGCAUACAAAAUUGGGCUAACUUUUACGCUAUCGAGAAAGUUAAAAAACUCGCACUAAGCACACUGCUGUUUUGUUAAGGCGUGACGUAUAUAUAAAUUGUAAUUGAUCAAUGGGUAUAUUUUUAAUAUAUAUAAAAACACAAUAGCAAAUCAUUUAAUUUGACUACAUCAUACAAAUUAGCGAAAUUAUUUUCAAUAUCCUCAUUUCAAUUUGUUUUGUUAUCAUUUUAUUUGUUACGUUUCGCUCACGUCCAGGCUGCUUAAAGAAUUUUAAACUGAAUUCUAUUUUGAAGAAAAAAUGUCCCAUUUUUUUCAAAAUAGAAUAGUUUUCCUAUGAAAAUUAAUGUUGUUGUCAGAAAAUAAAAAAAAUUAAGAUUGAUAUUAUUUCAUUAUGACGUAAGUUAAUUAAUCGAAAUUUCUGUACUGCCGCCCGAUUGGUUUUUCCGUUGAUAACGAAGAGAAAUCUAAAAGUUAAAUGUUUUAAAAUUGAAGGUAUUAAUUUAAAAAGUGGCUGUGGAUCAAGACCAAAGUUGUUUGUUAUAAGUUUUUAGAAUACAUCAGAACCUUAAUUUUCGCUACAGCUAAACCUCGUUAGUUGAAGUCCGAAAAAAAAUUAACUUAGAUAGGUAAUUCAUAUUAUUAUAUAAAACUUAAUUUGUACGUUUUAAUUGAUUUAAUUUAUUUUUAAUAUUUCUUUGUAAUUGUUCGAGUCCUAGUUAAAUUUUAAAAGAAAAGGAUGUUUACAAUUUCAUACGGUAAAAUUUUUUGUCUUCCUUUUUUGUUAUUGUAAUUUAGUUUUAGUUUGCAUGUUCAAGAAUGUAAGUUAAUUUUUAUCGAAAAAAAAAAAAAAAAGUUUGUCUAUUAUCUGAAUGGUCUUGACAAGAACCGUUGUGUUUAACUUCGACUAAUCUAUGCGAAAAUUGCUUGACUUUAUUCAAAUUGUUUUUUUUUUUUAAAGCGAAAUGAUGUAAGAUACCUUUCGUAUUUUGUAUAUAAACAAAAUGACGUUCCUUCUACAAAUAGAAUGCCAGAUCCCAGAUGUCCAGUAAAAUCGCCAGACCUGUGAUAAAACAGUGCCAGUUAGAAAUGUAAUUUUAAAAUUAUUUAGUUUUAUUAACACAGUGACCGAAUGUUAUAAAUAAUGCCUGUUGUUGCCAAUAAUUUGACACUAAUAGAUGAAGAGUUUGGAAUAAUAUAACAUAGGAUAUGAUAGUGUGUUAAAAGUUUACAGUUGACGACAAAUAAGAAUGACAGUCCUCUGUGACUAAAGUUUCUUUCUUUUUAAUUCAGAAAUUUGGUAUUUCAUUAUAUCUUGAAUAUGUUUCUUGUGUCGUGUGCGUUGCUCUGACGAAGAGUUACUAACGAAAAAUCUUUGGACGCCUCAACUGAUCUAAAUUAAUGCAUUAUCAUCAUUUUCAAACAGUCAUACUGUAUCUAUAAAUAAAAAUUCAGACUCCUUUUUAAAAAAAGGUAUUUUUUGCACUAACAACAAAAACAAGAUUUAAAAUUUCUCAAAAUAGUUUAGUUGUAAUUUUUUAUGUCCCAUAAUUAUUAUAAAAAAUCAAAACUUAUCAUCAAAAGAAUAUGCAUAGGACAUUUCAAAUUGUAUUCUGGUAACAACGAAUGCUUGUAAGAUUUAAAAGAAUUAUAACUGAAUUAUAAUGUGUUCAAUGUUUACAAAAUAGUCGUUUGAAGAAAUUAAUUAAACAUCUAGUUAUAGUUUUGAGUAAUGUGCAAAUGAUUUCUUGAAACUACUUUAAAAUUGCUUAUUAGUGUAAUCAAUGUUGACAAUUUUCUCUUAAAUAUGGUUUUACAAGCAUUUAUUAGAUUAAUAUGUAUAAUAAUGUGCAUUUAAUGUUUGCAUUUAAAAAUUAAACCAAGCUUACAAUAACUUAGCUAACGGUCAGUUUUUUACGAAUAAUAAUAUAAAUAAUUAUUACUUAAUUCGUUUAUUGUAAUUUGUGUAAAUAAAUUUAAAAAUGUUAGUAAAUCGCAUUUAUGUUUUAACCAAAUAAAGAUUAAUUAUAAGGUGUACAA